GACAGUCAGCGACAUGAACAGGGAAGGAUGAUGAAGCUAAGAUGGCAGCGCUACUAGGGGUGCUGUCUUUACGGGGUCAAGAAAAACAGCAGGAAUAAACGCAGAGCACGGACGUCAGCUCGCGCAUUUGAGUUAUUUCACUUCGGCCAAUUGAACGUGGUUGGAUCGCCUGCAAUCGGGGAAAUAACGGUUGAUUCGGCCGAUCCGGCGCAGGAAGGGACGCGUAUUUCGCAGUCGCAGCAGAGCGGCUAACCGUAAACGUCGUUUCAAUCGGGGAUACUCGGAUGUAAUUCGCCGGGCGUUUUGCGGGUUUGCGGAGAGGAUUUAUGGAGUGCGACUGGGACUUUUAGCUCUGUUGAUUGACAGUGUAAUCUAAUAUAUGCGUUGUUCCCCUAAACGAUGAUGUGUGCUGCUGCGGCAGCGGGUGCCGGUGGAAGCGGGAUUCUGUCCUCCUCAUCCCACUCCAUGGGGCUGGGUGUCAGGGUCAUCCCCGGAGCUGGAAACGAUUUCGCACCGAUCGGAUCAGGGAUGGGCUCCUGUCCCGUUGUAGGGGCCCGCUCGGAUUGUCGGAGCCGCUACCAGCUUCUUCUCUCAGGGCGAGCACUGGCGGAGCGGUACCGGAGGAUUUACACCACCGCGAUCAACGACAAAGAGCAGGGGCUCAACCUCGGCAGGGGGAAGAAAGCUUUGAGCAAGAAGAAGCUAAAAAGGAGGCAAAAAGUCAAAUCAAAAGUAAAAACAAGAACAAAG